AUGGUCUUCAGCGAUUUUAACGAGCCAUCGGUUGUGACGCUGGAUGAGCUGCAGGGCUUGCUUGACGAGUGGUUGUUCCUUAGCGGGGUGUUUAAUAUUAGGGAUUGGGUGCCGUGGCUCGAUUUUCUUGAUCUUCAUGGGUACGUGAAGAGGAUGAAGGCUUUGAAUAGGAAGCUCGACCGGUUUCUUAGCUAUGUGAUUGAUGGUCGUAAGGCUAGGAAAAGGGGUGAUGAGAGAACGGUGAAAGACGUGGUGGAUGUGUUAUUGCAGCUUUCCGAGGAUCCAAAUCUUGACGUUAAGAUGACAAGUGAUCGUGUCAAGGCAUUAGUACAGAACCUACUGCGCGGAGGCACAGACACCUCAGCAAACGCAGUCGAGUGGACAAUCCUCGAACUCCUCCAACACCCUCCCGUAAUCGAAAAGGCCAGAGACGAGCUCAACAGGGUCAUCGGGAGAAACAGAUGGGUAAACGAGUAUGACUUCUCUCAACUACCAUACAUAGAAGCCAUCAUCAUGGAGUCGCUUAGACUACAUCCACUCGGCACUCUACUGUCACCACGUUACGCGCUCGAGGACUGCUAA